AUGGGUGACGUGCCUUCAAUCUUUGGUGGCAUUGGUUUGGGGCUCUCUUCCCUCGGACCGCGUAUGGAUCGCGAAUUACACGUUGUGGUUCUUGGAGCCGGGGGCGUGGGCAAGAGUUGUUUGACCGGUGAGCAUCCCCUGGUUAGGACAUUGAAACAGUUGAACUUUGUAUCCUCAUGCUUUUUGCUAGCACAAUUCGUUCAUAACGAGUGGAUUGAGAGUUAUGACCCGACUAUAGAAGAUUCAUAUCGAACGCAGAUUCAAGUAGACGGCCGUCAAGUCGUAUUAGAAAUUCUUGAUACUGCAGGGACUGAGCAAUUUGUUGCCAUGAGAGACUUAUAUAUGAAGACCGGCCAAGGGUUCCUUCUUGUAUUCAGUAUAACGUCCCCGUCGUCACUAAGCGAAUUAGCUGGACUACGUGAGGAAAUCAUUCGCAUCAAAGACGAUGAGAAUGUACCGAUGGUCAUAGUCGGCAACAAGGCCGACCUCGAAGAGAACCGUGCUGUGCAGAGAGCCAAGGGGUUUUCGAUAUCACAACGAUGGGGCGCGCCCUACUAUGAGUCUAGCGCCAGAACGAGAACCAAUGUCGACGAAGUGUUUAUUGAUUUAUGUCGCCAAAUGUUGCGGAAAGACGACGAUUACCUAGGGACCACUGAGACUGACGACAGUGGGUUCAAAUUCGAUGCCUUCCGUGGCGGGCACAAGCGCAGACGACGGAUGAGAAUUCGAGAAAAGGACCAUCCUAGAUGUGCAAUUCUGUAA